AAACAGCUUGAAGGAAAAGUUCCGUUAGGAAAAGGGGGAGAGAAAGAGGGAGGGAGGGAAGAAACAGAUGUGAGCGAAGCUGUGUGUUUACACUCCUUUGAAUGCCAGGAAUCGGGACUUUGAAUCACGGCUCUCGGAACAUAUGCGAUCAGCUCUCCCUCUCUUGAGUCACGCACGGGCGCAGGACUUCAAGUGACCCGAAACGAUCUUAGUCCCGCCGGCAACACGAAAACAAACGGGGAUGCCUUAAGAAGCUGCGAUUUGUGUGCUUCCCCCAAACUCCUCCUUCUUUCUCCUUUGCUAAAUGUAAGCGUGCGGAGUUUGGGAAUAUUAAGCGUCAGGAGCUUUCGGCGGGGUCGUGCGUUGGACGCUGUCCGCGCACGCGUUUCUCGGGACUUGCAGCUUUACUAGUAUUACAUAAAACGAAGGCGUGGGGCGAAACAUUGUUCUGUUGGGGUCCCGCAGCUCCACUAGUUUCUGACUUCGGAUGUAGCGAUGCGUCCAAGAGACUGAGAAGCGUGCGGAGUAGACACUUUGGGCGGCGCUCUUUAACUGGAGUGGAGCACAAGGAAACAGUUGGGGGCAAAGUUGUUUAAGAAGAGAAUAUAUGUGUGCAGUGUUCUGAGCAGUGACUUGCGCUAAGUGUCUGAGAGCACGGGAGGAAAUGAAUGCAGUUAGCCAGUGAUUCAGAGUGGACUGUAUGCAAUCGGACUAAGCGGGAGUGCGUGCGCAGUGAGCUGCCGGCGCCAUGGCCGCUCAGUGCGACUCUUUGAGCGCGUACCUGCCUCAUUCGGACCCGGGCUCAAACAGCGAACGGAGCACUGACUCACCUCUGCCCGGCUCGGAGGAUGACUCGGCUGGGCCUGCCGUGCCCCUUGACCCGGAGUGGACGGAGGAGAGGUUCCGCGUGGACCGCAAGAAACUGGAAGUCAUGCUACUAGCUGCUUCAGAAGGGAAAAACAAUGGAGGCGAGGAUUUCUUUCAGAAGGUCAUGGAUGAAACUGACACUCAGAUAGCUUGGCCUUCUAAACUGAAGAUAGGUGCCAAGUCUAAAAAAGAUCCUCACAUCAAAGUCUCUGGGAAGAAGAACAAAGUGAAGGAAGCAAAAGAAAAAAUUAUGUCAGUCCUUGACACAAAAAGUAAUCGGGUCACUCUGAAAAUGGAUGUUUCGUACACUGAACAUUCUCAUGUAAUUGGUAAGGGAGGAAACAACAUUAAAAAGGUGAUGGAAGAAACAGGUUGUCAUAUACAUUUUCCAGACUCCAAUCGAAACAACCAGGCUGAAAAAAGUAAUCAGGUCUCAAUUGCAGGUCAGCCUGCUGGUGUGGAAUCUGCAAGAGUCCGAAUUAGGGAAUUACUUCCCUUAAUACUGAUGUUUGAAUUGCCAGCUAUUAUCCACCCCAGUCCAGACCCUAAUUCACCAGCAAUUCAGCACAUAUCACAGACCUACAAUAUUUCAGUGUCCUUCAAGCAGCGAUCUAGAUUGUAUGGUGCAACUGGUAUUGUCAGAGGCUCACAGAGUAAUGCUACAGCAGUCAAGAGAGGAACAGCCUUACUUUUAGAUCAUCUGGCUGGCACCUUAGCAAAUGCAAUCUCUAUUAGCACUCAGCUUGAUAUUGCUUCUCAGCACCAUCUUUUUAUGAUGGGUCGCAAUGGUAGUAACAUAAAGCAUAUAAUGCAGAGGACUGGAGCCCAGAUCCACUUCCCUGACCCUAACAGUCCACAGAAGAAGUCCACAGUCUACCUCCAGGGCACUAUUGAAUCUGUCUGCUUGGCAAGACAGUAUCUUAUGGGAUGCCUACCCCUUGUGUUGAUGUUUGAUAUCAAAGAAGAUAUUGAUGUUGAUCCUCCUUUUAUUACUCAGUUAAUGGAGCAGUUGGAUGUCUUUAUCAGCAUCAAACCAAAGCCCAAGCAGCCAAGCAAGUCAGUGAUUGUAAAAAGUGUAGAAAGGAAUGCCUUAAACAUGUAUGAAGCACGGAAGUGCCUUUUAGGAUUGGAUAGUAGUGGUAUCCCAGAUCUACCAAGAAGCAGUCCUGCUAUUGUCUGUCCAGUUGGGCUAGAUAUCCUGGCAUCAGCUGGUUUGGGACUAACCAGUUUAGGUCUUCUGGGUCAUGCAGCCACUUCGGUUAACAACUCAAGCACACCCAACUCCCUGCUCAAUGCUCUCAAUAGUUCAGCUAGUCCACUUCAAAACACAAGCUCAGGAUCUCCAAAUCACACACUUUGGGCAACUUCCAUCGCCAGUACUGCAAAUGCUCCUGGAUUUUCUUCUCCUCUGAUGAUCCAUCCUGCAACCCAAGCCACAUUAACAAGUAUUUUGCUUUCGGGAGUCCAAAGUUAUGCACAAAAUCCCCCAUCACCUCCUCCUGGAUUAACAGCUAUUGAUGGUCAGGUGAAUGGACUAUCAGAAAACAGAAAGAGUCCUCCUGUUGUCAAUGGGCACAGAAAGCACUCAAGCUCCAUAUAUAGCCGACUGGCAGCAUCUUGUUUGGCAGAAAAUGUCAUUAGUUCUAGUCAUUCAGAUGCUUCUAAUGAUACCAGUGGCCACAGUCCCAAAGAGUCGCUAGCCAGCAAACCCAGUUCUGAUGAAGGUUCCAAUGAUGCCUUUGUAGAAGUUGGUAUGCCUAGAAGUCCUUCACAUUCAGCAAACAGUAAUGAGUUAAAGCAGAUGCUUGGCUCUUCCAAGACACCUGUCAGCAAACGGCAAGCAGUGGAACUUCUUCAUGGAACCAAGAAUUCACACUUGCACACAUCAGACCGCUUACUAUCUGAUUCUGAAUCUAGUGCAUCUGAAAGUCCAGUAACUGAUAAGAAAGCCCCUGGAAGUGAGAGAGCUGCUGAAAGGGCAGCUCAGCAGAACUCUGAAAGGAUACGAUUACCACCACAGUCCUCAUUUGCCAGCAUGCAGACUUUCGACUAUGAGCAAAAGAAGCUGUUAGCAACCAAAGCAAUGUUAAAGAAGCCAGUGGUAACUGAAGUAAGAACACCCACAAAUACCUGGAGUGGUUUGGGGUUCUCGAAGUCAAUGCCAGCAGAGACUAUCAAGGAACUAAGAAGAGCUAAUCAUGUUUCAUAUAAACCCACUAUGACAACCACAUAUGAGAGUGCUCCUCUGUCUGUUUCAAGAUCGAAUAGUCGUGAAGGUUUAGGAAAUGGCAGUGAUUCUGACAACUGGAGAGAGCGCAAUGGCAGUGGCCCAGCUGGUCAUUCUGAAUUUCCAACAUCCAUGAGCAGCCCCAAGAGAAAGCAAAAUAAAUCAAUGGAACACUAUCUAAGCAGUAGCAACUACAUGGACUGCAUUUCCUCAUUGAUGGGUAGCAAUGGGUGCAAUCUGAAUGGCUCCUUCAAAGGAUCAGAUUUGCCUGAGUUGUUUAGUAAACUUGGACUGGGAAAGUACACUGAUGUCUUUCAGCAGCAAGAGAUUGAUCUCCAGACAUUCUUAACUUUGACAGAUCAAGACCUGAAAGAACUUGGAAUUACUACUUUUGGUGCUAGAAGAAAAAUGUUGCUUGCAAUCUCAGAACUGAAUAAGAACAGAAGGAAACUUUUUGACCCUCCAAACAUUCGAUCAUCCUUUUUAGAUGGUGGAGCAAGUGGACGUUUGCCCCGACAGUUUCACUCGGACAUUGCCAGUGUCAGCGGUCGGUGGUAAUGAGCCUAUCCUUCCGUGUUCACUGAUCUUGUAAAACCUGUGUCAUUUCAAGUGCUUCUUAAUCCUGUGGACAGCUUUUGACUGCACAGAGCACAGAAGGACUGCAUAUUGUGCACCAAAGUCUGAGGAGCCUCCCGGUUUUUGUGCCAAAAACACAGCAAGAGAGUGGUGGCCAGCUGACAUAAAUUGUGGGAAAUUCCAAAAUAUGGCACUAUGUUAUAUGCAGAUCAGAGAAGAUCCUGUAUAUUUAAAUUCCUCUUUGUCAUAUUUUUGUAAAAUUAUAAAAAUGCACUGGUAGUGAUGUUUGAACUUUUGAAUCAAAAAUAAUUUGGAAAACUAGGAAGGAUAAUUUUUGAAUAUUAUUUAUGAGAUGCUUCUAAUGUAAAGCCAAGUAAAACUUGCAUAGUCCCCUCCUCCCUCUGCACUUUAUGAAACACAGAAUCAUGACCUGUGGAAAAUUGAGAAUUCUCUGAUCUCCAUAUAUUAUUUAUAUGGAGUUUGUAAGCACUAUUAACAUUUAUUUUUUCUUAUAUGGCAAAAUGUAUACAUUUCAGUUUUAUUGUAGCUGCAUUAUGAAGGAAUUACCCAGGCUUCAGAGAAUAUUACAAUCUUUAUGGGGAAAAAAGGCCAAAUAGAUUAUCUACAACAUUUCAUGAUAAACUUUUUUGUUUUUUAAUUCGGUUGAAUAGACCAAUGGAAUAAUACUCCAUAACAGAUACUACAUAUCAUUAUUACCCUAUGUUUAAGUUUUUAAUCUUUUGAUUUAAGUUACAUAUUUUCAAUGUAUUUUAUUUAAUUGUUUCAUUCCUCCAUUAUUUACCAUUUUAAAGAUGAUUUGUGUAAACCUUUGUAUUUACUUUCCUUUUCUUCCCAUUUUUUACCCUGCCUUAAAACCAGUACAAAAUAUUAUAACUUGCACAAUUACAUCAGCUGAAAUCACCUAAAGUACAGUUUUUUUGUAAUCCUGCUGCUAGGUUUUUACCCUUUUAUGUUCAUUUGUAUCAUUAUAAAAAUUCACACUCCUGUCUCUUCUCCUAAAUCAAAAUAAUACUAUCGGGCUUCUACAGGGCCAAGACUUAUUUGUGUUCGAAUUAUUUUAUUUUUUGUGUGUGUGUUUUUUUUUUUAAUUUGACAAUUUACACUUUUAAGUCACUUGUCAGUAAUUCAUUUUUAAGAGAUACAGUGCGUUGAACUUUAAAUGGCAUUAAGUACGUACCAUUUCACAGUUGACAAAUGAUUAGAUUUUUGAUCAAAGUUGGGUAACUAAGGUGCGUGGUGUAACGAGCAAGACAGCCUUGCUCUCUGCGCUGUUUUACAUGUAACGUUGCUCUGUUGGCUGAACAUCACUGAAACUUACUGUAAUUAUUUCAAAUGGUUGUGUGUUUAAACAUUUCAGAAAUUAAGUUUGUUUCCUGGAAAUAAGGAGCAUUUGCUGUUGUUAAACCAGGUUUUUUUGUGACAUUCCAUCUGUAAGCCAAUGUUAGGUACAGUUUUUAUUUUCUUUUGUAUUGGUAUAGUUUACAAAUUCAAAAUGUUGAUGUCUUUUUUAAAAAAUUGUUAUAAAUGACCAUUGCAAAGUUGAAUGCUGUGAAUAACGGAAAAGAUGUUUAUCAAUUUUAUACUUAUGAAGGAGUGUUUAUUGUUAUUUUUUUGCUAAAUCAAAUUGGACCAAGUGCCUCCUUUUUGUAAAAUGGACAUAUUAUGAACUAUGGUACAAAAUUGCUUUAUUGAGAGACAGCUGCAAUGUAUAUGUACUGUAAUAAUGAAGGUACCAGCUUUUUGAUUUGGAUAUGUCCCACUGAAUAAACAAUUUCUUGUGUGUGUAUAUAUAUUGCCCUUUAUAUAUGUACACACAUGUAUGUUAGUAGGGGGUUUGUAACGUGAUAUGCAUAUUUUUGUUAACUUAAAAUCAAUAACUCAUGAAAGUAAUGAAAGCCUGUUCAAUCAGUUUCUUGGCAUUUUUUUCACUUUCUGCAGUGGCCUUGCAUUUUUUGGUCCAUAUGAUAAGAUAUGUUAUUGUUUGAAAUUUAAGACUUUCAGAAAAACAUCUCUGGUAUGUUCUGAAAACCUCCUGCUUUAUGAUGUUGGAUCAUUACUCAUAAUAUUUAGACAUAAUUCGUAAUGUCUGAACUGUGCACUUUUUGUAUCAAUUUUCUAAGCAGAUGAUGUUGGGAAUAAAAUUUUUGGCCAAAGCCUUUCUGUAAUUCUCCUAAUAUAUCUGCAUUUCCCAAGAGUCAGUCUUGGAAAUGUAUAUGAGAUUUUUUUUUUUUUUUGGGUAAUAUUUUAUUAAAGCCAGUGUUAUACGUAUAUGCUUUAAAAUAUAUUUGCCUGCCUCUCUGAACAGUUGACAUUUGUGAGUCUUCUUGAUAAGAGAUGGUAUAUUUUUCUUGAACACAUCCAAAAUAAAAUACACUUGUACUAAUGGGCAUUUUAUGUUGAUAGUGGGCUUUCAGAAAUUAUGGUGGGAAAGUCAUUGGUUUCCAAUCUCUUAAACCGUUAACAUAAACGUUUUAUGUGUAUUGUAACAAAUAAUGAAAAAUUGUUAUGAUAUAAAAUUGCCCAUUGAUUGGUUGUUUUGUAAGUCUACAUAUGUGUCCAAAGUUAAGUCUCUUCAGUUUGGAGAGAAUCAAUUAAGGCUGCACAGAAGGAAACACUGGAAAUUACUCCUUGCUUCUGUUAAAGGGAUCUGGGCAGUGUCAUAGUACUGCAGUGUUGUGCGCACAGUACAACUGAAUCAACUGAACAUGAAGGUUAGGAAAAACACAGUGCCUUAAGGGGGAAAACUUUUUUUUCUCAUUUGUAAAUACAGAACAGACACAUUUUAUAUUGUAUGUUCUUUCAUUGAGGUUCCUAAGACUGUUUUGUGAAACAAUAAGUUGUAGAUGCAUUGGAGUUUUUCAAGAUUAAGAGCUGAUUUCUUGUAAAAGCAAAAUAAAUUACUUUAAAUCAA